AUGCUUGUCCUCUACGGCCGCUCUGCUCUGUCUGAGUCCAGGCGGGAAUCCACCCUAAGUGAAGUCAAGAAACUCCAACCUCAGGUCGCGUCAAUCGAUGCCGUCUACGUCCACCUUGUCAAAUGUGUUUCACCGGCAGCGGAGAUCGCCUUGCGAGACCCUCAAGCUCCAUAUAUUCGCUCACUCAUUCACCUGUUGGCAUAUGGAGAUGAUGCUCAGCUGAAUACGACUGCGCAGGCGUUGGAGAAAGGCGAAGAUGUGGUGUACGUUCUUCCUCGCGCCGGCUCUAUAUCCCCAUGGUCGAGCAAGGCAACCGACAUUGCCAUCAUCUGCAACCUCGGCCAGCACAUCGAGCGGCUGGAACGUGGGGUUGCAUUCGUCGUCAAGCUUUCGGGAGACUCAAAGCUGAGCGAAGCCACCGUAGGCUCAAUCACCCAUCUCCUUCAUGAUCGGAUGACACAGACGGUUCAACUCUCGCUACCCCACGAAGACCUCGUGUUCAAGCACCAGGCACCUGCAUCUCUCCGUACAGUCGAGCUAGGGCGCACUGGAGAGACUGUCGACAUCGCACAAGCUCGUGAACGUCUCUCCUCUGCAAACAAAGAGCUUGGGCUUGCCCUCGCGUCUGACGAAAUCGACUACCUGAUCGACGCAUUCGUUUCAGGCUCAUCGCCCAUCAGUCGUAAUCCAACCGAUGCGGAACUUUUCAUGUUCGCUCAGGUUAACUCGGAACACUGUAGACACAAAAUCUUCAACGCCUCUUGGACGAUCGAUGGUGCUGCCAAAGACAAAUCCCUAUUUCAGAUGAUCAGGAACACUGAAAAAGUUUCCCCUCACGGUACUAUAUCUGCAUACUCCGACAAUGCGGCAGUAAUCGAAGGACCCAAGUCAUCUCGUUUCAGCUGUAGCACAUCGCUUUCGCAUAUGUAUAGCCAUACUUCCGAGGACAUGCCUAUUCUCAUCAAGGUCGAAACACACAACCAUCCUACCGCUGUCUCUCCUUAUCCCGGCGCUGCAACAGGCUCGGGAGGCGAAAUCCGUGAUGAAGGCGCGGUUGGAAGAGGCUCGAAGCCGAAAGCUGGACUGGCUGGAUUCACCGUCUCUAACUUGCUGAUACCUGGUCAUGAACAACCUUGGGAAACCGACUUCGGUCGACCAGCUCACAUCGCCUCCGCCCUUGACAUCAUGAUUGAGGGUCCCCUUGGUGCCAGUGCCUUCAACAACGAGUUUGGUCGACCAGCGCUCACCGGGUACUUCCGUACAUUCUCCGAGGCGGUACCAGCGACAGAAGAUGGGCAGGGUGAAGAGAUAAGGGGAUACCAUAAACCGAUCAUGAUCGCUGGAGGGUACGGUAACGUUAGGCCUCAGUUCGCUAAGAAAACUCUUAUCUCGGCGGGGGCAAAAAUAGUAGUUCUCGGUGGUCCGGGUAUGUUGAUCGGUUUGGGUGGAGGCGCUGCAUCUAGCCAGGUAUCAGGAUCAAGUUCGGCGGAGCUCGACUAUGCUUCCGUUCAGAGAGACAACGCCGAGAUGCAGAGAAGAUGUCAACAAGUCAUUGACGCCUGCGUUGCUUUGGAUGUUCAAAAUCCUCUCCAAAGUAUCCAUGAUGUCGGAGCUGGUGGUCUGUCCAAUGCACUCCCAGAAUUGGUCCACGACUCUGGUCUUGGUGCUAAUUUCGAAAUCAGGGAUGUCCUCGUCGCUGACUCGUCGAUGUCUCCCAUGGAAAUUUGGUGUAACGAGAGCCAAGAGCGCUACGUUCUCGCGGUCGCCCCAGAGUAUGAAGACAGUUUCGUGCAGAUUGCAAAACGAGAACGUUGCCCAUUCUCGAUCGUCGGAGUAGCCACUGUCGAAGAAGAACUCAUCGUAACGGAUCGACUACUGGGACAGGAUGUCAUCCGGCUGAAGAUGUCUACUCUGUUCGGAAAACCGCCGCGCAUGUCGCGGAGCGAUAGUGCUCGCAAAGUCUUGUUCAGACCAUUCGACUCGUCUUUGUCGACUUACCUUCCUAGUUCCCCAUCUAUAUCGGAACGCGUCUCUUCAGCGGUCGAACGUGUUCUGCAUCUUCCUUCUGUUGGAUCAAAGUCGUUCUUGAUCACGAUCGGAGACAGGUCCAUCACAGGUCUCGUGGCACGGGAACAAAUGGUUGGACCCUGGCAGGUUCCAGUAGCGGAUGUAGCCGUCACUCGGUCAAGCUACGGGUUUGACGUCAAAGUUGGCGAGGCAAUGGCAAUGGGAGAGAGGACGCCUGUCGCUCUGUUGAAAGCAUCAGCCUCUGCACGAAUGGCUAUUGCAGAGUCACUCACCAAUCUGGCGGCUGCGAAUGUUUCCGACCUAUCCCGCGUAAAACUUAGCGCGAACUGGAUGUGUGCUGCGUCUAAAGCUGGAGAAGGUGCUGGUUUGUUCGCGGCGGUUGAGGCCAUCGGAGAAGAGCUAUGCCCUGCUUUGGGCGUUGGGAUCCCUGUCGGCAAAGACUCUAUGUCCAUGUCCAUGAAGUGGAAGCAAGAUGGACAGCAGCGGGAGGUCAGUGCACCGAUGUCGCUAAUAGUGACCGCAUUCGGGUCCGUUGAGGACAUCGGGUUGACUUGGACACCGCAAUUACGCACCGACGUAAACGAAUCUACAGUCUUAGUGCUCUUUGAUCUAGCCGGCGGAAAGCAGCGAUUGGGUGGCUCGGCGCUGGCACAGGUAUUCAAAGAAAUCGGGUCAGAGCCUGCAGAUGUAGAAGAUCCCAAGGUCGUAAAAUCGUUCUUCGUUGGCUGUCAGAAAGCUCGUCAAGGCAGCCCAGAUCUUGUUUUGGCGUACCACGAUAGGUCAGAUGGUGGGCUGUUCACCACUUUGGCUGAGAUGUGCUUUGCCGGGAGGGUGGGCGCCGAAAUCUCCCUCGAUGCACUUCCUUCGUCAGAGGACCCAGUCAGCGCCCUUUUAAAUGAAGAGCUCGGAGCUGUAGUCCAAGUUCGCAAGUCUGAUUUGGAAAAGUUGGUAUCGACCUUUGUCGCGGCCAACUUCCCCUCCACUUCGAUCCACGUCAUUGGGCGCGUCAAUGAAAAUUCUAAGGAUCAGUCAUUCCGCGUCAUUCACGAAUCUGGUCUCUUGUUCUCUUCCACUCGUCAACAGAUGCAAACAAGCUGGUCAGAAACUUCCUUUAGGAUGCAAUCCCUUCGAGACAAUCCCUUAUCUGCCAAGCAAGAGUUUGAUUUAAUCAACGACGAAUCUCACUCAGGCUUGAAAUAUGAUCUCACCUUCUCGUAUCAACCUUCUACAGUCGCUGGUCCUUCUCGCCCGAAGGUCGCGAUAUUGCGAGAACAGGGAGUCAACGGCCAGAUUGAGAUGGCUUGGGCCUUCUCAGCGGCUGGCUUUGAAGCUGUCGACGUCCACAUGUCUGACAUCUUAUCCGAAGCUGUUUCAUUGUCGGGCUUCAAAGGCUUGGCUGCAUGUGGCGGUUUCUCUUAUGGUGACGUCCUUGGGGCAGGGAAAGGCUGGGCACACUCAGUGCUGCUGAAUAAUCUGGCACGCAAGGAGUUCACCGACUUCUUUGCCCGGGAGGACACUUUCGCGCUUGGGGUUUGUAAUGGCUGUCAGUUCCUCAGCCACCUCCGGUCAAUUAUUCCAGGCGCAGACUCGUGGCCAGACUUCAAGGGUAACGUCAGCGAGCGCUUCGAGGGUCGGACAUCCAUGGUUGAGAUAUCCACGAAUGAAGUCAUAGAGGCAUCUGUCUUCCUCCGAGGUAUGGGCGGGUCAAGGUUCCCGGUGGCUGUCGCACACGGCGAAGGUCGUGCUUCCUUCUACGGGGAAGAUCAGCAGCAACGACUUGAAGAUGGCGGCUUGGUCGCCUUGCGUUAUGUCGACUCGAGUGGUACACCUACAGAGAUAUACCCGCUUAACCCGAACGGAAGCCCAGGUGGGAUCACCGGCGUUCAGACACCUGACGGAAGAAUUCUGGCGUUGAUGCCCCACCCGGAGCGGGUGGCUACGUUGGAAAGCAAUAGCUGGUAUCCGCAGCAGUUCCGCAGUAGUUGGGAGGGAAGAGGUCCGUGGUUCAAGCUGUUCCAAAAUGCUCGAGAAUGGGUGGGCUAGACACUGGACUCGGAGAAAUCCACUUGUACGGAGAUGGUUAUUGGGUUUUUCCUAUUGGAAGAAUCUGACCAACAUUCGGCAUUCACGCAUUGAGUUGAUAGAUAGCGAAAC